CCGCAGGGUGCGCCGGCGGCCGAGCGGCCUUUGGCACCGCGAUUGCCCAGCGGCCGCUCUCCCCGGGACAGCGCCGUCUCCUGGCUGCAAAUCGGUCCCUGGCCGGGCAGAGAGCUCCGCUCCCAGCGUCGCAGGGGUGCCCGGCUAUUACCGCAUGUGACUCAGCCCGUCCCCGGGGCGUGCCCGCCCGGGCGCCCAGGUGCGGCUAGUUUGCGCUCGCCCGCCUGUCCCCGGGGCGCGGCCGGGCUCUUGGCGGUGCAGGUGGCCGGCGGGAGCGCCGCGGAGAAGCCCCGCUGCCCGGGAAGAUGCGACUGGGCUGGAGCAACCUUGUGAAGUUAUCAGGACUUAUGUUAGCAUCAGUGUGUGCUUGGUAUUUGGGAUACCUGUUUGCAGAUAUCGUACCUGAAGAUUCGCUAUCAUCAGCUAUCGAAAAUCUUCAGAGUAUUGGAGAGAAACCAGUACUUAAGGCACCACCCCCCAAAAGACAGAAAUGUGACCAUUGGUCUCCGUGCUCACCUGGGAGCUAUGCUUAUCGAUUACUCAGUGGUGGUGGCAAGGAAAAGUUUGCCAAGAUUUGUUUUGAAGAUGAGCUGCUCAUAAGUGAACAGAAGGGUAAUGUUGGAAGAGGUAUCAACAUUGCCAUCGUGAAUUAUAAAACAGGAAAAGUUAUAUCUACAGAGUUUUUUGACAUGUGGGAAGGAGACUUCUCGGGACCCAUGACUACUUUCAUUAAAAAUGCACCUCAAGGGUCACUUCUCUUGAUGGUGACCCAUGAUGAUGGAAGCAGCAGACUAAACGAUGGUGCAAAAAAAGCAAUAGCAGAGCUUGGCAGUAAAGAAAUAUGGAACAUGAAGUUCAGGUCAAGCUGGGCCUUUAUAGCUGCCAAAGGUUUCAACCUACCAGAUGGCAUUCAAAAAGAAAAGAUCAACCAUUCUGACAAUAGCAAGAACAGAUAUAAUGGCUGGCCAGCUGAAAUCCAGAUAGAAGGUUGUAUCCCAGUAAACCUGAUCUGAUCUUACAUUUUGCUAAUAAAGUCAUAGAAAUUAUUUUUAUAUAUGGUUGCAGUCAUAAAACCAAUAAGCAUCUAAACAGCUGCUAUAAACUAAUAAAAUCAUAUAUACAAUUUUAA